AUGAAGGCCACCACUGUUGCUUUGGCCACCAUGGCCGCAGUCGCCUCUGCUGCACCUACUGCUCAGCCCGCUGCUGCUCCUGAACCCGCUUUCUCCUCAUGGGGCAAGAAAUACAACCCUCACCUCUGGAACGGCUGGGGCGAUGCUCCUGGUCAAGUCUACCGCCGCGAGGCUGAGGCUGACCCAGCAUUCUCGUCUUGGGGAAAGAAGUACAACCCACACCUCUGGAACGGUUGGGGCGAUGCUCCUGGCCAGGUCUACCGUCGUGAGGCCGAGGCCGAUCCUGCCUUCUCUUCCUGGGGCAAGAAGUACAACCCUCACCUGUGGAACGGCUGGGGCGAUGCUCCUGGUCAAAAGUACAACCCUCACCUGUGGAACGGCUGGGGCGAUGCUCCUGGUCAAGUCUACCGCCGUGAAGCUGAACCCGCUUUCUCCUCCUGGGGCAAGAAGUACAACCCUCACCUCUGGAACGGCUGGGGUGACGCACCUGGUCAGGUAUACCGCCGCGAGGCCGAGGCUGACCCUGCCUUCUCGUCUUGGGGCAAGAAAUACAACCCCCACCUCUGGAACGGUUGGGGAGACGCUCCUGGACAGGUUUACCGCCGCGAGCCCGAGACCACCACCACUGAGGCUGCUGCAACUGAGACUGAGGCUGCUGAGGCCAAGUAA